AUGAACAACCAAUCUUCAAGCUCUACAUCGCCUGGCAGUCCUCCGAGGCCACGAAAUGCCGAUGUACCUGAAGCUGAAGGAGCCCAGUUCAAGUCAUCCAACCUCCCAGGUAAUGCCAAAUUAUCGGAAGAGCUAGAUACCUAUGAUGGGGCACACAGAUCUCAAUUCUACGAAUUAGGCCAGAAAUUAUUGGAGGAGAGUAUGGGUCGAGAUCGGCCUCUGAUAUCUCCACCGACGACGAUACAUGAGCUCCGGGCAGAGUACACUGGCGCCCCAUCGUUUGUGGCGCAGAUCGACAGCUUGCUGAAUCGAGGUUAUACAAAGAUUAUCCGUACCAAAGGUGAUGGAAACUGCUUUUACCGAGCUCUUGGAUACGCAUACCUUAGCAGCCUUGUUGAUUCGCCAAAUCUCGUCUAUUCUGCAAAAUCCGUGAUAGAAUCAGGCUCAAGAAUGAUGGAACGUAAUUUCAUGGACGCGGAUAUCAUUUCGACUUUCUGCGAACCCCUUAUGGAUCUAGUAGAUGCCAUUGGAGAUCCUGACCCUAAUAAAGUGUUGACGCAUAAAGGUCUAUUGUCUGCCUUUCUUGAAGACGAAACGUCAAACUGUAUUGUCACGUACUUGCGACUUUUAACUACCGCUCAAAUCCAAUCCGCGAGCGAUGACUAUGCUGGCUUUCUCUUCGACGAUUCAGGAGAACAAUUGGAACCUACUGAAUUUUGUCGGCAAUAUGUCGAUCCUCUUGGGAAAGAAGCAGAUCAUGUUCAAGUGGCGGCCUUGUGUCGGGCUCUAAAACUGCACAUCAGGAUUGCAUAUCUUGAUGGUCACUCUCCGGAUGGCCAAGCCCACUUCCAAGAUAUCACACCGCCAGACGGCGGAAAUAACAAACCGUUGAUUCUCAUCUAUCGCCCUGGCCACUACGAUGUUUUGAUAAAGACGAACUAA